UCAAAGGCCAGGGACGUAACGACAGUAACGUGACUGCAGCACGGGACAGCUCCAACACGUGGCCCCGCCUUUAGUUGCAUUGUCAUCCCGCCAUAAAUUGCCUCAAGUUCACAAAGAGCUGUUGGUCAACUUCGUUGGAAUAGACAGUCCAGGAAAAAUCAUCAUGAUUGUCCGCCACACCGCAGAAGAACCCCUAAACCCUGUCCCACAAAUCCCCACCGUUAAGGGGAAGGAGAUCGUCGCUCCCGGCGACGGUAUGGGCUACUCCGCGUACGAGGUCGUGCUCGGAAGCGACGGUAACGAUGUGUUGGAGUACGGAGGACCAGGGUGCACCAGUAACCACAUGUACUACUGCAUGAAGGGGAGCGGGAAGUGUGUCCUCGCCAACGGAAAGGAGAUCUCCGUCCCCGCCGACUUCUUCAUGGGCUUUUCUUCUGCUGUCAAGUGCAAGAUUACUGCUUCGGAAGCCACACGGCUGUUCUGUGUGUUCAGCAAAGAUAACGAGCCCUCUGAAGACCGCGUUGUCACCAAACCGCUCUCUGAGGUGAUCGGGACCGAUAGGGAUGUGGACUGGGGAAGCGGCUUCAGCAGGAGGUUCCUGCUGAGGGAUGACAAGUUCGGAGUGUCGGUGACCUUGACCUCCGUCUUCACCCGCCCUGAGACUGUGAACGGGGUCCCAAUGUGGUACAAGAAUCACAAGGAGACUGCCUACUACAUCAAUGGCAACAUGACGUACCAGUGGGAGGAGGGGAAGCAGGAGGCAUCGUUCCGGCCCGGCGGGACGGCCUUCAUGAUGAACAAAAACGACCCGCACCGCGCCCUGCCAAAGGAGGAGUCCCUGAAGCUGUGCGUGUUCUACCCAGCUCUGGUCGGCAACGAGAAGCACAGCUUCGAUGGGGGGUACUCAGUCUAUGGUGCAGCAGAGUAACCCUGUCCUGAUGGCUUUGCUUUUCCCUACGGGGCAACCUUCACUGGACUGAAGCAUGUUUGCGGUGUACCUGUGCCCUGAGUUGGAUAUGUGUCACCACUCACACCACUCACUAUCUGGUCUAUCGUCCAUUUACCCUUAAUUCUAUGAUGGAAAUAUCAUGUUAAAUGUGUGAUACUGGCUUUAGGAGGAAGAAUGAUAAUUAAUCUUGCCUUAGGUAUGCAGUAAUAUAGUAUGCAUACAGAGAUACAGCUUUUAGGUUUAACUUAAAAGAAUCGAAAUCUUAGAAUGACCAAAGUGAAGGGGUUUAUAUUAAAUCUCCUUGGACCAAACUGGAACUCCCUCCUUAAUGGUGUACUUAACUCUUGCUUUUUCCUACAUGUUCCCCCUUAACAGGGGAUUCCUGGACUAAUGUGCUUCCCAAAAGUAACUCAAGCUGUAACUAUACUGUUAACGAUGCAGAGUAAAUCUAGUCCUCCCCUGCUAAGGAGAAGAAGGGUAGAACUGAAGUUCAGUGGCAUAGAAACUCUAUUAAUGGUGUACUUGAAUGGCCCUCCUUGUAAGACUUUUAAAUUAUGGCAGAAAAACGUAAAACAUUCCUACUUUCUCUCUGCCUUUGUCAGCAAGUCACACUAAUAGAAGUUAUGAGAGAUGAGAAGAAAUGUGGACAUGGCACAUUCAAAUGCAUAUCUCGCAGGCAUUGACUUAAAAAAAGAUCUUAAAUCAGAUACACAUUAUACUGGGUAUGUCAGCAGAAUUAAGAAAGGUCAGGAUUUCACAUGAUCACAAAGAGUUAACCAUUUCUUAUAGUCUAAUCAAACACUAACUUAUCAAAAAUCACACCAUUGUCAGAUUGUAUCCAAAGAAUUUUAUUCCAAGAUUUAAGGAAUUUAGUAAUGUACCUUCUCUGCUGGAAUAAAACAUUGUCAAACAAA